AUGAUCACACGCCUCGAAACCGUCCCCGAGGGAGAUGAGGGGUCUCCUGAACCCGCACGCAGCGAGAAAUCCUUUAAAGGCUGCUCGAACUACGGCGACGAUACACAGACCGUCACCACCGGCAUGAAGGACUGUACUUUCUCGCCGGAACCUCAGCCAGCCUCCCGCCGCCUGAGGAACAUUCGACCCCACGAACCCAAGGAUUGCGCAGUGGCCGCGUUUGCCAAAGUCCUCAAACGCGAAUUCGUCGUACAUCCCGACCAUGAGGCGUGCGAAAAGCCACUCGGUAGCGACCCGACCCUGCGUCAUGUGGACAACGCUGCAAUGGCCGCCGACAAGGAAGGCAGAACAGCGGAGGCUGCCAUAAUCCGCAUAGCCAUCGACCAAAUCUUCGAGAGCCGCGAGGCCGCCCGCGAGGCCGCCGCACGCAAGGAGGCGGGCGUUGCUGCUAGCAAGCUCUUCGAUGCUAUUAGUAUCGUCUCUGGACUGUCAGACAGGUCCCAGGAUCUUGUGGACGAGCUCAUGUCGUCCCUCAAGGAGGAUGCUAGCGGUUGUUGA